AAGUAGCAGGCAUUGGGCCCAUCGGGGAACCACGUGAUCCGAUGAUGCCAUCGGUUCCACCGAAGAAGCGGAAGUUCAUUGUGACGGUCAUCACCAAUCCGGGCGACCAAGUCUAUCUCACAGGAGAUACUGAUGAGCUUGGCAACUGGAACCUGGACUAUGCCAUCCAGAUGAAAACGGAGGACGGCUUCUACCCACGAUGGUGGUGUGAGGUCUCCUUGGACUCCUCGCCCCUUCAAAUUAUUCACUACAAGUACGUCCUGGUACAGAACAAUGGCGAGCCAGUGUGGGAACCCCGCCUCAAUCGAAGCUUGGAGUCCAAUGACCGCGAGCUGGAUGAUGGAGAGUUUGGAGAAGACAGCGCAGGCGAUUCACAGAAGCAAGGGAGUUACAUCCCCUUCCACAACUUCGCACGAACAGAGUGGGUGAAGGCGGAGUUCAAGAAGAUGCAGAAGGACAUUUUGGAUCUGAAACAAUGGAAAGAAGGCAAAGCCAAAGAGUUCUUUGAUGCUUCUGAGCGGAAUCAGCUGAAGGACCUGGAGGAGUCGUUGCAAGACUUCAAAUACAACAGCGACCGCCAGCUCAGCGACUUGAACCUUGGCUUGAGGAGGCUCGAGAGUCAACACAAGGACGUGUCCAAGCAGCUGGAGCAGCAACCGUCGGAGGCAAAACUGAGGCAGUUGGAGUCCCAGUUCCAAGCCCUGGAUGAGCACGUGACGGCCAAGGUGAAGGAAAUGGCACAUCUCCAAGAGCAGGCCGCUCCAAGCGACGCCAUGGCGCGGCAGUGUGCGGGUCGCGGUGGGAGCGCCUGUGCGAGCAGCGCCGCGCCGUCCAAGACCAGUGGAGCAGCCUUCCUUGACACACCCAUUUCAAGCCUUUGUGCAUCAGUCACAUCCGACGAGUGGGUGCAAAUACAACCCGCAGAGAGUGGCUAUACAACUACGUCGCGUGAGGCACCCAAGUCGAAGGGUGCACCCACACCCAAUGGUCAUGUACCAACGAUUAAUGGGCCUGCCCCUGUUACGAGCGGCCAUACCAUUUUGCAAAACAGCCAGACUACUAUGCCCAACGGCCAGAUAUCUGCACCCGGCCCUCUGCAAAACAAGACUACUUUGCCCAAUGGCCAGACACCUGUACCCAACUCUUUGCAAACCAAUCCAGCUAUGGCCAAUGGCCACACAGCAUCCCAAACGCCCAUGCCCCGUCAUGCUCCCAAUGGCACCAAGAGCAGCCCACCCAGCACUUGGCCAAACCAGAGCUCCGGGCCCACGAGGGUCACCGAACGCGCCCACGCCAUGCCGAACGCAGCGCCGAAGUUCGCUUUCACUCAGACUCCGAAGCCACGUGUGCCGACCAGAUCGCCUGAUGGCCGGUUCCAGGGAAUGGACCAACCGACACACCCGGAGGAUGCAUUCUCGAAAGGUUUGACCGCGUACUGGGAAAAAGAAUUCUUCAUGGCCAAGAAGAACAAAAAGACUGAGGAGGAGAGGAAAAUAUUGCUGAGGGAAGCACAGCUGAAGCUGCAUCCUGACAAGGGCGGCACCAAUGAUGCGAUGAAAUGGCUGAAAGAUUGGAUGCAGCAGCACAAGCUGUGGUACUUGGCGGAAGUAGGGGAACGACCAAGUGCUCUUGGUCAGCCCAAAGAGGAUGCCAGGUCAAAAAUUUAUGUAGACGGUUAACAAAGUCCCCGCGGACCCGCAGACAUGGAUUGUAAAACCUGUUCAGGUGCGGAGUUGAAAAUGGACAUGAGCCCAGUGUGACCGGUCCGGUCUUUCGGUUGGUUUUCAGCACUGGCUGAAGCCGCUGGCAAAAUGGCAUCCAGAUCCAGGGCACAGAAUCUUGUGGAGCAGCAGAUUGCCUUGGGCAUUUUCCCAGAGUUGCUGCGAUCAGCCAGCCCAGCCGCAGCUGGUGGAGUUUCAGUCUGAUGGACUAGACUUGUUGCAACCAGUCCUGCCCACCAAGUUUUGGAGCGUUCUUUGCUGUCGCAGCAGCUCGCAAGUUUCCAUCCGCGAGUCGCGUUGCACCAGUCACGUGCGCGAUCUGGGGGGUAGCUCAGAAAUCUGCGCGAUCUGCACUUGGAUUCCCCACGGAACCUGAAGAGUCCUUGAGACUCCCUGCAGAUUUUGGAGCUGUUUGAGAGUUCACUGCCGAAAGUGCGCAGGACUUUCUCGUACAGAUUGUGAGGCUCAGAAUCUCCCCAGACAGUUUGCAAAAUAGCGUGCUUGA